GUCGUUAUUGUGGUGGUCGCCGACGUUCACUCGCGGAAGAGAAGAGAAGCGGUCCUCCUCGUAGCUACGAAUUUACAGUAUUUUUUGCUGAAUCAGAGAGAUGGCAGCUUCUUUAUCGAGCAGACUUAUGAAAGGAUUCGCUAGCCUCCAGGCUGUUCGUUCGAGCAGAUUGGCAUCUGCAUCAGCUUACCAAAAUGGGGUGAUGAGAUACUCAUCUACAGUGCCGAGUGAUUCAGACACACAUGAUGAUUUCAAGCCUACACAAAAAGUCCCUUCCGGUUCUACGGACUCACUCAAAGAUAUCGUUGAGAAUGAUGUCAAGGAUAAUCCUGUUAUGAUUUACAUGAAAGGUGUCCCUGAAUCUCCUCAGUGUGGUUUUAGCUCACUUGCCGUCAGAGUUUUGCAACAAUACAAUGUUCCUAUCAGUGCUAGAAACAUUCUAGAAGACCCUGAGUUGAAAACUGCUGUGAAAUCCUUCAG